AUGAAUGUUGAAGUUGUUCCACCGAUUGCUCGAUCCGAUUCGAUCGGACAAAAACGACGAAUCGAUAGUUUAAAUUCUUCUCAUUUGGGCGAUGAACAGUUCUCCAAAUGUCUUACUCGAAUAGCUGCAUCUCAUGCACAUUUUGAUAUUGAAGAAGAUUGUUUUAUUCUACGUCAAGCUGGCUAUUUUAGCAUGCUUCUUCUUAUAGCUGAUGAUGAAGAUGGCACUCCUGAAAGUUGGAUUCGUAAUGAAAUGAAAAAAGAUUAUGCAUACGAUUAUCAUGAAGUAUUUUUACAUAUGUUAAACAGUGUUGAUAUGCCAAAAUCACAUUGGCUAUUAAAAUCAUCGUUCCAUAUUUUUUCUUUGAAUACAUUUGUUCAACAUUAUCCAAAUGCAUUAUUAAUUAUGACUCAUCGACGUCUUGACGAAGUUCUUCCUUCAUUGUGUAGUUUAGCAUUGGCAACUGGAGACGAAUGCUUUGAUAAAACAAACUCAAUCAGUGAAGAUAGAAUGAUAGAACGAUGUUGUCAAUUCCUUGAUACAGAAGUUGAAUGCAUAAUGAAAUUUCGAACAUCAGAUAAUGGUAUAAUUAAUCAAUCGAAAAAAAAUAUUUUCGAUGUUACUUAUGAUAAUUUGAUGAAAGAUCCAAUUGGUAUUGUCCAUCAAAUAUAUCACUAUUUUAAUCUUCAUUGCUCGAAUGAUAUGGAAAUGGCUAUGCGCAAAUGGAUUCUCGAAAAUUCUCAAGGAAAACAAGGUCGUCAUACGUACUCUCUUGCUGAAUUUGGUCUUAAUCGAGAAGAUAUUUCAAUACGUUAUGCUGACUAUAUCAAUUUGUUUCUGUCAUCGAAUAAUUAA